AUGCUUGUUGAAUGUCGUCGAAUCUAUAAGGAUAAUGAACAAGUUCUUGCUGAAAUUGAUGCAUUCGAUCAAAUGUAUCAUUCAAAUGCUGCUCUUCAAUGGUAUUCACGUGAUAGUUUUCUUUUUCAAAUAAUUAAUCAAGCACUUCGAUCAAGUAAUGUCAAUGCCAUGUUUAAAAUGAGAUAUUUUCUUACGGAUCUUUAUGCACCACUCCAUGAAUUAAAUAAACAAAAGAACCAUAUUUAA